AUGCUUCUAUUAUUAUUGUAUUUCAUCUAUUUCACCUUUGCUCUUGCUACCGAGAGCCCAAGUGUGUGUAUGAACCAAUUUUUUAUAGUCAAUUUGGGACAUUUAAAAGAUAUGUCUUCGAUUGGUAUCACUGUCUCUCCUGUGGACAGCUGCCUUUCCCAAAUACCCAACGGCACUCUUCAUUCACUGGGAGUCACUAAGAAUGUUGAGUGUUACAUUCAUGAAUCUUUUCUUGAGAUUCAAAACGGGCCAAACGGUGUCUCGAGGUGUGGCGAGUGUUUAGAAAUGACUGGUCCUUCGAUAAUCCCAACCCAAUGUGUUGUCACAGGAACAUUUAAAGUGACACAGAGUGAUGGAUUUACAGAAGAUGAUUUAAAGAAGAUGAUUCUAGUCCCCGAAAACUUGUUUACAAUAGUCUCCACCCCAACACUUCAAAGUAACACACAUUUUGCACAAGUAACAUUGAGAGAGUCGGAUUGUGACACAAACAAAUACACAACAAUUAAAGUUGUUGAAAAACACGAGUCUACUGUAACCAUCACAUUUCUUAAUCAAAUAUUCCCAAUCAAAUCAGUGUUAAUUAACGACGUUGAGUACUUCCACACAACUUUUGGAAGAUUCAAAGUCCCUCUCAUUAAAGAAAAAAUUGUUAUGAAAACGUUUACGUUUGAUGGUCGAGUGGCUAUAUACGAUAACAUUAACUUAAACACUUUAGACUAUGAUAAUCAAUUCAACCAAAUAUCUGAAAACAAACGUGAAAGUUGUUUGUUUAUUCCAUCGAAUAACGUCUAUGUCAACAACUCCAAUCGAGAGCUCAACUACUUCUUUAAAUGGUCGUUCCAUAAAGUAAACCCAGAUCUUUCAAUUAUCAGUUUGAAAGAAACAGACGAGUCAAUACACUUCACAGCAGACCAAAUUAGAACAACUUUUGGUAUUGGCUAUCCAACAGUAAUAAAGAUGUACGUCCACUUCUCACAAUUUUCGAUGGAUUUCGAAGUGAAAAAUUGUUCAACACCGCCAACCUAUGUUUUUGGCACAAUUGGGUAUGGAAGUCAAUUUAAAAAUGAUAUUAAAGAUGCAGUUUUUGUAUGUACUGGAGCUAAUAUUCAGCCUCUUGUAGUUACCACCAAAAUAGGAGAAGGUAGUUAUCGAAUUCGACUCAAAUUUGGAAUACCAAAGACAUGUUAUGGAUAUCUUAACUCAAUUGGAAUCACUUUUGCUAAUGACAUUGGUACCAUCUAUGACGUGAAACAAAUUGAUUUAAUACCCAAAAUGUCUUCUAAACAGGCUCUUUGUGGAAUGGAGUCUUUUACUUGUGGAACAUAUGAAUGCAAUCCAGAAAAUUUGACUGUCAAUUCGUUCAAGCCUGGAUGUGUUCCUAAUUGUGGUUCAUGUCGGAGUGGUUAUGUGUGUUCAAAUGGAAAGUGUAUGACAGCGCCUUCAAAUAACAUUCGAGACUCGACAGACUCUAUUUUCAUAUUCUUCUGUUAUGCGAUAAUUCUAUUUUUACUGUAA